AUGGCUGGCCUGUCAAUCGGCAUGAAGCGCCGCGAGACCACGCACCGUGAGGGCAAGCACUCCAGGGUCGACAUUGUCAAAAAGGUCACCGUCGAGAUCUGGGCAUCCAACCUGACCCUCGACCUUUUCAAGGCCGACUGUCUCAUAGCAGCGUGGGACGUCGAGACGGGCAAGCAGGUAUACUCGCGCAGGGUGGCCGACCUCGACCUCCUGGCCAACCAAUCGACAGAAAUCAUCUCUCUUCCCGUCCCCGCGACACCCGGCAACGAGAACCGGACCGUCGUGGCCGCCUAUCUGUGCCAAGAAUCCGGUGCGCCUGUCGCGCGGCAUGUCAACUGGCCGGAGCCGUUCAAGCAUCUGCACCUGCAGAAACCCAGCCAGCUCCGAGUGGAGCUGGACGUGGACGGUGAGGCGGUGCAGAUCAGCGCCGAAGUAUCUGUCAAGGGUCUCGCGGUCGAUUGCACGGAUGAAAGUGUCAGGUUUGACGAUAAUCUUGUCGACAUUGUGCCAGGAGAGUCGAUGAGAAUUGGUGUAAGGGGGGCGAGCAAGGAGACUGUGUUGACAACACAGUAUCUGGGCAUGAUGACCUGA